AUGAAAAGAAAACAUGAUCAGAAUAAUAUCAGUUCAAAUGUUAAUAAUGAUGCGCUUCUCCAACUUGUAAUGGCAUUUGAUCAUGUUAAUAGGGAUCAACAAACAAUUGUGCUACCAUCAGGUGAAUCAACAACGAAAGAACAACUUUUAUUAAAAGUAAUCGAUCUUUAUCCAAGCUAUGCUAAUACUUAUUACCAGUUGGCAUUAAUACUUAAAGCUGAAAAUCGAUCAUCAAUCAUUCUUACAUCAGGUCUAUCUAUGACAGAACAACAAUUAUUCUUAAAAGCAAUCGAGCAUUAUCCAAACGAUUCACGAUAUUAUAAUAACCUUGGAAGAACACUUUCAAGAGGAGAAUCAAUCACACUUAAUAAUGGACAAUCAAUGACAAAACAACAAUUAUACUUGAAAUCAAUAGAGUAUGAUCCAACCAGUCACAGUUCUUAUUAUAAUCUUGCAAAUACACUUGCAAAUGGUGAAUCAAUCACACUUAAUAACGGACAACUAAUGACAAAACAACAACUAUUCUUGAAAUCAAUAGAAUUUUAUCCAACAUAUUCCUAUUCUUAUAAUAACCUUGCAAUUACACUUUCAAGAGGUGAAUCAAUCACACUUAAUGAUGGAACAACAAUGACAGAACAACAACUAUUAUUGAAAUCAAUAGAAUGUGAUCCAAAAAAUUCAUUUUCAUAUCAUAACCUUGCAACGACACUUUCAAAUGGUGAAUCAAUCACACUUAAUAAUGGACAAUCAAUGACAAAACAACAACUAUUAUUGAAAUCAAUAGAGUAUGAUCCAACCAAUUCCGAUUCAUAUUUUAAACUUGCAUUAACACUUUCAGAUUGUGAAUCAAUCACACUUAAUGAUGGACAAUCAAUGACAGAACAACAAUUAUACUUGAAAUCUAUAGAAUAUGAACCAACAUAUUAUCGGUCAUAUUAUAACCUUGCAAAUACACUUUCAAAUGGUGAAUCAAUCACACUUAAUAAUGGACAAUCAAUGACAGAACAACAAUUAUACUUGAAAGCAAUAGAAUUUUAUCCAACCAAUUCCGAUUCAUAUUAUAACCUUGCAACGACACUUUCAAAUGGUGAAUCAAUCACACUUAAUGAUGGACAAUCAAUGACAAAACAACAAUUAUACUUGAAAUCAAUAGAAUGCAAUCCAAAAAAAUACGAUUCAUAUUAUAAUCUUGCAAAUUUACUUUCAAGAGGUGAAUCAAUCACACUUAAUGAUGGACAAUCAAUGACAGAACAACAAUUAUACUUGAAAGCAAUAGAAUGUGAUCCAAACAAUUUUGAUUUGUAUUAUCAACUUUUAAUUACACUUUCAAGAGGUGAAUCAAUCAUUCUUAAUAACGGACAAUCAAUGACAAAACAACAAUUAUACUUAAAAUUAAUAGAAUGUGAUCCCAGCAAAUACGAUUCAUUUUAUAACCUUGCAAUUACACUAUCUCGGUAUGAAACAAUAACACUCCAUAAUGGUGUUCGAAUGACAAAACAACAACUAUUAUUGGAAUCACUAAGAAUAGGUCAUAGACAAAGAAUGGUUUACAAAUCGAUUGGAUUAACUUUGCUGAACAACAAACAAACGAUUACACUUCCAAUUGGUGAACAAAUGUCGAGAAGACAACUGCUUCAAAAAGCAAGAGAAUUGUUUAACAUUUUCGAAUUAUAA